GUUACUAACGUCGUCGUUAUCUCAGUAACGGAAAAUGUACAGAGCACGCCGUUCUGCAAUAUAAAUAACCCCACACCUUAAUUAUAUUUUUCAUUUUCAUUUCACACAACACAAUCCAGGUUACCGACGAUGACGAAAGGAUCUAAAGGUUCCGGUAACUACGCUUCAAAAGCGGUUGCAACAACCGGUUACGCCUCUUCCGUACCGGUGAAAACAACCGUGAGUUUCAAAGGAAGCGGUGGAGAAAAAGGAAGUUACCAGAACAAAUCUCAAUACAGUUACGGCGACAAGCAGACCGGUAGCUACGGCAGAGCCACCACUACUGAGAAAGCGUCGGCUGGAGACUUUAACUGGAAAAAUGGAACCACUGGAACAAGGAGCGAGUACACGCAAAGCUCCACUUUUCGAUUUGGUGACAAAAGAGGCUACACUGAGGUUCGUAAUGAGCAGAGUUUCCGCAAUGUGAGUUACAACAAGAGCAACAGCGGCAGUUACAUAACCUAUGGUGAUGAUGAUGAAGACGGUGGUUCGGAUGGUGGUUAUGAUGAUGAUGACGACGACGGAGGUUCGUACUAUGGCAGCGAGAGUGACGACUGUGGUGACAGUGACGGCGGUGGUUCGGAUGGUGGUUAUGACAGUGAUGGCGGUGGUACGGAUGGUGGCUGUGACAGUGAUGACAGUGGUUCUGAUGGUGGCUAUGAUUCAGAGUACUAGUUUGCAGGAGGGUAAUUGAGUAGCUAUGUUAUGUUCUAGGGUUUAUUUGGUUAUUUUUUUUUUAACUUUAAUGACGGUGGCUAUAUAUUUGUUUGGCAGUUAUUGGAUAUUUGGAUGCUUGCUGUAUUGUUUUGUUUGUUAAUGGCACCGUCAUCUUUUGGUGACUUGAUAUUUAGUAUGAAAGUUGUCCUUUGAAGUGUGAA